UUUCUUUCAUCACCGCCAUUAUCUUAUCUUUUUGCCCAUCCUUUCUCUAUAUAAAUCCCCUCUCCUCCCCCCGUCACCUCCUCUCCUUCUCCUCUCAAUUCUCUCUCACGCUCUCUAUCUCGCUGAGGAGGCUGUAGCUGAGGCUUUUGAUCAGUAGAUCUCAAAACGAGGAACAGGUUAAGGAUGAAGAGUUUCGCGAUGAAGCAGAACGCUUUUGCUGCGUGCGAGGAGAUGAGAGGCUCUUCUAUCCCUGUUUUCUGUCCUAAGCCUCGUCGGGUCGGGCAGCUCGCUGUACCCGACCCGUUAAGACCCAUGCGAUGGCAAGCCAGUCCUCAGUCUGAUCUUUGUGACAAAGCUGGCGCUGAGCUUCUUGAUAUUUUUCUAACAAAGGGAGGAGAAGUAGCGAUGUCGCCCCCAUUUUUUGCGGGGUCGCCUCCGACCCGAUCCGCUAACCCAGUAGUGAACGACGCCCGUUUUGCUGAAGAGAAGACCGAUUAUGAGUCUAUUUUGAGGGAAUGGGAGCCUUGA